AAACAUACACUUUGUAGUCUUCAACAUGAGUGGAAGAGGUAAAACCGGCGGUAAGACCAGAGCGAAGGCUAAGACUCGCUCCUCCAGAGCAGGGCUGCAGUUCCCCGUCGGUCGUGUUCACAGGCUUCUCCGUAAAGGAAACUACGCCGAGCGCGUCGGUGCCGGUGCUCCGGUUUAUCUGGCCGCUGUGCUCGAGUAUCUGACGGCUGAGAUCCUGGAGUUGGCUGGAAACGCCGCUCGGGACAACAAGAAGACCCGUAUCAUCCCCCGUCACCUGCAGCUGGCGGUGCGCAACGACGAGGAGCUGAACAAACUCCUGGGCCGAGUGACCAUCGCUCAGGGCGGCGUGCUGCCCAACAUCCAGGCCGUGCUGCUGCCCAAGAAGACCGAGAAACCCGCCAAAACCAAAUAAACACGAGUACACAAAAGUCCAGAAGGCUCUUUUAAGAGCCACCACUUUCUCUUUUAAAAGGGCGACUAUAAUUAGACAUGCAAGGGAACAACAAAAUUAUUAGUACUUUUGUUUUUGUUUUUUUUUCCUCAAACAGUUUACCUUCAGUAAUUCUGAGUUGGGAUUAAAAAAAAAUUUCAUUGUGACAAGGUACUAAUAAAAAAACGAAACCGUCUGAAAAUGGAACAAAUAUGACACUUAUUUUACUUUCUGCAUGUAAAGGGAAACCGA